CAUAAUAGUUUCAGACAUGUUAACAAAUAGUUAAUUGAAAAUGCACAGGGAUCAAUUUAAAUGAUUACGUCUAUUACCUCCAUUUUGCUCUCAGUAGCAUGAUGCAUAUUGAAUAUUUUCUGUGAUCCUGAUAUGUUGAUGUUGAUGAUGUACUAGUUAUUUUUUUUUAGGUUCAAACUCAGAAAUAAGGCACAUAUUUUCUGAUGUUGUAGGAUUCACAGUCUGGCAGAAAUAAUUCAUCAGAAUGAUUUGGAUACUUCAGCUGUUGUUUUCACCGCUCCCAACUCCUGCUUUGAUUGGUCUUAUUACUUUUGGAACAACAAUUUUUCUAUGGUUGAUAACAAAGCCCAAACCAAUUACAAUUCCUGUUGACCUCAGCGAACAAUCUGUCGGCACUGAGGGAGGAGGUAGAAAAAGUCAACUUGUUCCUGAAGGACAGCUUAUGUCUUAUUACUUUGAGGAUGCAAAGACUUUAUAUGAAGGAUUCAGAAGAGGACGCGCUGUAUCAGAAAAUGGUCCUUGUUUAGGAUAUCGAAAACCAAAGCAACCAUACCAGUGGAUAUCUUAUCAACAGGUCCUGGACAGAGCUGAAUAUUUGGGAUCAGGCCUUUUGUACAAAGGAUGUAAACCUUCAUCGAAUCAAUUCAUUGGCAUCUUUGCUCAGAAUAGGCCAGAGUGGGUCAUCUCAGAGCUUGCCUGCUAUACUUACUCAAUGAUAGUAGUUCCCCUUUAUGAUACUUUGGGUGCAGAAGCAAUUGUGUACAUUGUCAAUAAAGCUGACAUCUCAACAGUGAUUUGUGAUAAACCUGAGAAAGCAGAGACAAUACUGGAGAAUUGCGAGCAAGGAAAAAUGCCAGUACUAAAGAGAGUUAUUCUGAUGGAUCCUUUUGAUGAAAGACUAAAAGAAAAAGGAGUUGCACUGGGAAUUGAAAUACUUUCUUUUCAGGCAGUUGAGGCACUAGGGAGAGACAAUUUUAGCAAACCAGUUCCUCCCAAACCAGAUGAUAUUUGUAUUGUUUGUUUCACAAGUGGUACAACAGGUGACCCUAAAGGAGCUUUGCUAACACAUGGAAAUAUUGUUGCAAAUGCUGCUGCCUUCCUGAAGACCAUAGAUAAAACUGCUACUUAUGAGACAUCAGAUAUAUCCAUAUCAUACCUUCCUCUAGCUCAUAUGUUUGAGAGAGUAGUGCAGUCUAUAAUAUACAGCAUUGGAGCAAGAGUGGGAUUCUUCCAAGGUGAUAUUAAACUUCUUGUAGAUGACAUGAAAGCACUAAAGCCAACACUAUUUCCAGUAGUGCCCCGGGUGCUCAAUAGGAUCUAUGACAAGAUUCAAACUGGUACUCAAACAAGAUUUAAGCGACUAUUGCUAAACUUUGCUGUAAACAGAAAACUUGCUGAAGUGAAGCAGGGCAUUAUCCGAAACAAUAGUAUAUGGGACAAACUAGUAUUCGGUAAAAUUCAGCAAAUCACAGGUGGAAAGCUGAAACUAAUAGUAACUGGUGCUGCUCCUAUAUCUCCAUCUGUUAUAACGUUCUUGAGGGGAGUCUUUGGCUGUCAUAUUGCAGAGGCAUAUGGUCAAACAGAAUGUUCAGCUGGCUGCACAGUCACAAUACCCGGAGAAUGGAAAGCAGGUCAUGUUGGACCUCCUCUACCCUGCAACCUCAUAAAACUUGAAGAUGUCCCAGAAAUGAACUAUUUUGCAUCAAAUAAUGAAGGGGAAGUGUGUAUUAAAGGGCCAAAUGUAUUCAAAGGUUAUCUGAAAGACCCUGAGAAAACAGCAGAAGCACUUGAUAGUAAUGGAUGGCUUCAUACUGGAGAUAUUGGAAAAUGGACGCCGUGUUCUUUGCUUCCUAAACAGUCUUUCUUGGUGGGUAUAGUAGUUCCUGAUGAAGAAACACUUCCAGCAUUUGCAGAAAACCUGGGAGUAAAAGGUUCAUUUGAAGAACUCUGCAAAAAUUCAGUAGUGAAAAAUGCUGUAUUGAUGGACAUGAACAAAUGGGGGAAAGAAGCUGGGCUUAAGACCUUUGAACAAGUGAAAUACAUCUAUCUUCAUCCAGAACUAUUUACAGUUGAAAAUGGACUCUUAACCCCAACACUGAAGUCAAGAAGAACAGAUCUUGUCAAACGCUUCAGGAGUCAAAUUGAUGCUCUUUAUGCUUCUGACAUGUAAAAGAAUGAAGGCCACCUUGACUGAAUAUAUUGACAGUGGAUUAUGAAAGUGCCUAACUGGCAAAGGAAACUGCUAAAAGAGACCAAUAAACAUGGUAUAUGUGUAGGUGGUUAAAGAAUCCCAUUUAGAGUUACAUGCCCAGACAUGUAACAGACUGCACUGGCUUCAAUUAUUUAAAACCACUGGGGAAAGUACAUUUUCCUUUAUUGUAUAACCCUAACUGAAACUGAAAAGUGUUAAAUUGAUUAAAAACAUAUUAAAAAACUGAGCUUAUGGGAAAACAUUGAACUCUAUCAGACUAUUAAGAGAACAUAAUGACAUUGUACUCGUUUGAUUGAGUUGUUAUGGCAAUACACUAGCUAUUAACUACAUAAGAAGGAUAAUGUAAUAUAUAAUGUUUUGGGGACUCUAUCAUAUCUUAAAAACUGUAAAAUAUACUUCAUGUACGUAUAGGAUGUAUCACCCAUAGAUGAGCACUUAAAUAUAUUAGCAUCAAUUGUAUAUAUAUUUUAAAAUGGUAUAUCCA